GCUGGAGCCGCCUACCUUGGACGGCGCUCUCUGCCCCAAGGUCCCGUCUGUUCCCGAGGUUGAGAGGGGAUGCUGUGAGGUCCCCGGACUUAGCGCUGGGCUUCUCCCCAUUCCUUGCUGCGUACGAGUCGCCUCCACUUUCCUCCGGCAAUUUAGACGGGACGCUUACUUUGCAGCUCCUAAACAACCCGUUUGUGAAACGACCCAGCUUUUGACGUUAUUCCAUGUUCGGGCCCUACCCACUUUUUGCUUGUUUGCUUUCGUUCGCUCCUUCCUCAUUUUUUUUUUUAGUGAGGAAAGCGCACCAUCCUGCACUUUAGGGAACGGGUGUGGGGUAGGAGGGCUGGAGCACAUAACUACAUUUGCCAUGGUGGCGAUGCUGCUGAAAACAGGAGCGUGGAAGUUCAUACCAUGAUCGCGGAGCUCCACACAGGUUAUUGCUUAGACUGCUUCAAUGGACCACAUUCAUGGGGCUUGGAAGGCUCUUACUGAUGGAAUUGGAUUAAAGGAUUCUGUCUUCAAUGGAUCCAACUGUAUUUCACCUACUAUUGUUCAGCAGUUCGGCUAUCAACGUAGAGCAUCUGAUGAUGGGAAACUUUCAGAUUCUUCCAAGACAAGCAAUACCAUUCGUGUUUUCUUGCCUAACAAGCAACGCACAGUGGUGAAUGUGCGUAAUGGAAUGACCCUUCAUGAUUGCCUCAUGAAAGCACUGAAAGUCAGAGGCCUGCAGCCAGAAUGCUGUGCUGUUUUUAGAUUACGUAAUGAACACAAAGGUAAAAAAGCACGACUAGAUUGGAGUACAGAUGCUGCAUCCUUGAUUGGAGAGGAACUGCAAGUGGACUUCCUUGAUCAUGUUCCACUCACGACACACAACUUUGCACGGAAGACCUUUCUAAAGCUUGCAUACUGUGAUAUCUGCCAGAAGUUCUUACUAAAUGGAUUCCGGUGUCAAACCUGCGGUUAUAAAUUCCAUGAACACUGCAGUACAAAAGUUCCAACUAUGUGUGUGGACUGGAGCAACAUCCGGCAACUGUUAUUGUUCCCACACUCAAAUGUUGUUGGUGAUAGCGGUAUCCCUGCACUACCUCCCUUGACGACUCGCCGAAUGCGGGAGUCUGUGUCCCGGAUACCUGUUAAUUCUCAACACAGAUAUUCUACACCUCAUGCCUUCACAUUCAGCACAUCAAAUCCUUCUCCUGAGGGUUCCCUUUCUCAAAGACAGAGAUCUACAUCAACUCCAAAUGUCCACAUGGUCAGCACAACUAUGCCUGUGGAUAACCGGAUAAUUGAGAAUAACAGCCUGAAUGCUUCUCCCAGGUCCUGGUGCAGACGAUUCUGUUUAAGGGGAAGAGAUGCAAUACGUAGUCAUAGUGAAUCUGCAUCACCCUCUGCUAUAUCUGGAAGCCCCAACAACACAAGCCCAACAGGAUGGUCUCAGCCUAAGACACCAGUUCCAGCCCAGAGAGAGAGAGCUACUGCAUCUAAUGCACAAGAAAAAAAAAUUAGACCUCGUGGACAGAGAGAUUCAAGUUAUUACUGGGAAAUAGAAGCAAGUGAAGUUAUGCUCUCUACCAGGGUAGGGUCAGGUUCCUUUGGGACUGUUUACAAGGGCAAGUGGCAUGGAGAUGUAGCAGUAAAGAUAUUAAAGGUUGUAGAUCCAACUCCAGAACAGUUUCAGGCCUUCAGAAAUGAAGUGGCUGUACUAAGGAAAACCCGACAUGUUAAUAUUUUGCUAUUCAUGGGCUACAUGACUAAGGAUAAUCUGGCUAUUGUCACACAGUGGUGUGAAGGAAGCAGUCUGUAUAAACACCUGCAUGUCCAGGAGACCAAGUUUCAGAUGUUACAACGUAUUGAUAUUGCAAGACAGACAGCACAAGGAAUGGACUAUUUGCAUGCGAAGAAUAUAAUACACAGAGAUAUGAAAUCAAAUAACAUAUUUCUUCAUGAGGACCGUACAGUAAAGAUUGGAGACUUUGGGUUGGCAACAGUCAAAUCCAGAUGGAGUGGUUCUCAACAGGUGGAACAGCCUACUGGAUCUGUUCUCUGGAUGGCACCAGAAGUGAUUCGAAUGCAGGAUAGCAAUCCAUUUAGUUUCCAGUCGGAUGUCUAUUCUUAUGGAAUAGUACUAUAUGAAUUGAUGACAGGAGAGCUACCCUAUUCCCAUAUUAACAAUAGAGACCAGAUCAUUUUCAUGGUAGGCCGUGGUUAUGCGUCACCAGAUCUCAGUAAACUGUACAAAAACUGUCCCAAAGCUAUGAAGAGACUUGUAGCAGAUUGUGUGAAGAAAGUUAGAGAAGAAAGGCCUCUCUUCCCGCAGAUAUUGUCCUCCAUUGAAUUGCUGCAGCAUUCUCUACCCAAAAUCAACCGAAGUGCUUCAGAACCUUCUCUGCAUCGUGCAACUCACACACAGGACAUAAAUUCAUGCACAUUGACUUCGACAAAGCUACCUGUAUUCUAGGAGAUCUGUGGGCACUGCCCACUGCUCUCCCCAGUAACAGUUCUAGCAGUUGUGCUUUGAAUGCCUCAGUCUACAUGAUUGCAGAGCCAGCAUGGGAUUCAGCUGGAUGCCAGUUUUAAGAAUGAGCUGCUAUGAAUUUCUACCAUUCUAAUUCUACAGGGACAAAAACUCCACGUUGCCUUUUUCUACAGGUUAUCAUGUUGAAAUAGUUAACAGACUGUAUACAAGAGGUCCUAUUACUAUUUUUUAUAGAUGCACUUGAGCCUUACUUUAUCCCACAUGCAAAAAAAAGAAAGAAAGAAAAGGAUGCUUUGAGGUUUUGACUGUAUUGCAUUCUGCGGAAUGAACUGAUAUUUUUCUAUUGCAAAAUAAUAGCUUAGCAUUUGAGAAAAGUCAAUGCAGAUGGUGCUGUUCUUCUGAUCUCCUAAGACUUUGUGCCAUUCAGGCUGGAGGGAUUUUAACUAAAAUGGCCAUCCACAAAGAAGACAUAAAGGAAGAGGGAAAUGCAGCUCCGGAAAGCUUCUCCUUCGAAGCAUUUCUCAAGAUGACACCAAUAUUAAGUCAACACAAAUGGUUUUGCACAUGGAGAAAAUGCUCAUUUUAGGGCGAGAAAUAUAUUGUCACUCGUACUGCCCAGAGAAAGAAGCUAGCACAAUAUUGCUGCAAUCACCUUAAGAGUAACAUACGAAGUUUAUUGGGUACUUUGGACUUGUUUCUUGCAGCGCCGUGAAAGUCCAGUGAGAAACUAUAGUUUUUUGGGAGGAGAAGAGGCAAAAUAAGUAAUGCUGUCAAUAUAUUUCUGCAAAAAAAAAGCCUGUUUUGAAACUCUUUUCUGAGAUGCACUAUAAAGAAACUUGGCAUAUACAGGUUUUCCCUUGCUGAUUUGGGUUUUAAUUUUGUUUUUAUUGCUCCUGAGAGAAAAGCAUUUAUUGUAAACCCAGGUUCUUCUGAUUAUCUUAUUUUAAUAAAAUAAAUUAAACUUAA